CCGCACCGCACCGCUUUGCCACUCCCCUUCCUCCUUCCGGGCCUUCCCCAGGCCACAUUCCCAUCUCCGCCUCCGCUCCCACCCCCGGCCCCCGUCUCGGGCGCGGCCGCAUCCCACAACCGCCACCGCCACCUAAUCCUCUGGAGCGGCACCGAAGAGGGUUCGCCACCGCGAGUCCAUCCAUGGGCCGACCCACGCGCCGCGCCAGCGCUCCAACAUAGGGUUUGCGGCUCCCUGCGCCCUGCAUGUUAAGGUGGGGAGGAGGCGACCUGGGGUUGUCUGGGGGAAGCGGGAGCGGGGUCUGGGGUGCCACGCCGGCGGAUGGACGCCGAUGAGGCCGCGGGGAGUAGCAGGAGGAUGGAUCUGAACCUAUACCUCGGCCUACCCCGCGCCCCGCGUCCGCGCCGCUCCGACCUCGGCUCCGACCUCGCCCUCAGCACCCCGAUGCCCUCUUCGCCCUCCUCUUCUGCGGCCUCCGUCGACGCCCCUCCACCGCCGGAGCCCCCGCAUGCCAUCUACUCCCCACCUCGCGCCGACCUUUCUCCUCGAACACCGGAGGUAUAUUCCUCGCACCAUCUCGACGACGCUCUUUCUGCGGACGCGCACCUACUGUAUGCGCCUCCUCCGGCGCCGGUCAUCCGUGACCGUGAGCUCCCGGACGAAAUCGGAUUUGGCUUCCAGGCCCCGCCCCCGCCCCCACCACCGCUGGUGCGAGCCAGCGAACUGCUGGGCUGGGAGGACCGGCCGUCUUCCUCGACGGCCUCCUCCUCCUUCCUCCCUGACAUUGCCACAAGGUACAGGCGGCUGCUCGAGCAAACUGGAAGCCGGUGGCUCCGCCCUCGCCCAAGAAGGUUUAGAUCAGACCUUCCGCCUCUCAGCGCAGAGGCUCAACCUAUAGGGCAGGACGCAGCAGUACCUGUGCCCCAUCAGGAGAUGACAAAUGAUGAUUUCGGUGACAAUAAGGUAAUCGCCAAUGGAGCGGAACUAGGUGCCUCCGAGGAGUCGGAGGAGCGGGGCAAGAGUGCUGCCACAUUCGAGUGUAACAUAUGCUUUGAGAUGGCCGGAGAGCCGGUGGUCACUUCUUGUGGCCACCUCUUCUGCUGGCCUUGCUUAUACCAAUGGCUUAAUGUUUACUCCAACCACAAGGAAUGCCCAGUUUGCAAAGGCGAGGUGACAGAGGCAAAUAUUACUCCUAUCUAUGGGAGAGGGAAUUCCUCUUCAGAUGUAGAGAAGGCUGUGGAAGAAGGUAAGCAGCCAGGCCCUACAGUACCACCAAGGCCACAUGGAAAUCGGCUUGAAAGUUUCAGGCAGCAGUUCCAGCACUUACGACCGAUGUCAAGAAGGCUCGGUGACGCACAUGGAAUACUGUCAUCAUGGAGGCGCCUUCUUGAUCAACAGAUUAUGAAUAGUGUGAGUAGGUUUGAAGGUCCACCUGAACCAGCUGUUCAUGAAACAGGUGAUACUGCUCAACCCGCUAGUCGCCUAGGUACAUUGCCCAUAAGGAUGAGACCAAGACGACGGUAUCAGAUGGAGGCGGAUGACCUUCCUGAUGGUGGUUCCGUUGCCCCUGAUAGUGGUUUACCUGGGAAUAGUGCACCAGAUCCACACAGACAUGGUCCGAGCCCGCUUUUACCAGAAGGAAUUGAUUUGUUGCAACGACUUACCCUUAUUGGCCUUGCAAAUACAGAAAGAUUGGCAACUGCCAUGAGUGACCUGAGAAGGAUAGCUGCCCCUAACCAAUAUGGAGCAUCUGCGUCGUCAUCGAACCCGUCGAAUCCCGAGCCAGCAGUUGACGGAGCACAUGUUGGUGCAGCACCUUCUACAGAUCAAGCAUCGAACUCGAGCACCAUUGCAGUGAUACAGGGGGAUGCUGGUAUUUCUGAGACUGCAGGAGAGCCUAGUAAUGCAGGAUCUUCAAGAUCCCUGAGGAGGAGAGGGAGGAGCAAUGCCUUGGCUUCUUUAGAUGUGGAUGGUGGGCCUCCCCAGCGCAUCAAGAGGCGGAGGAUGAACUGAACCUUCUCAGUUUCGGUGUUUCUUUAAACUUCAUAAUGUGCUUUGCUAAUUUUCAGUUUUGCAUUUCGUUUCUUUCGGUGCUACCUGUUAUAUUGUAGUUGUAAUGUUGUGUCUUCUCUUCCAUUUGUUUACUAGUGUCACCCAAAUGGUUCUGUUUAGUUCCUUUGUAGCCUGUACCUCUUUAAUCUAUCAUGAAGUUAUUGGUCAAAGCUAAUUGUGGAGGAAACUAAACAGUUGUCGACUUGUCGUGAGAUGAAGAUUUUCCUGUUGAUAAA